ACGACUUCUGUAUAACUUAGAAAUGGAACAGAUGGCUAAGACAGCUAAAGCACUCAUGGAAGCUGUGAGCCAUGUUCAGGCACCUUUUACAAGUGCAACACACUUGGAGCACGUGAGGCCUAUGUUUAAGCACUCCUGCGAACAUGGUGAACGUUCCUAAGACCCGCCGGACCUUCUGCAAGAAAUGUGGGAAGCACCAACCCCACAAGGUGACACAGUACAAGAAGGGCAAGGAUUCUUUGUAUGCCCAGGGAAAGCGGCGUUAUGACAGGAAACAGAGUGGCUAUGGUGGGCAGACUAAGCCAGUUUUCCGCAAAAAGGCUAAAACUACAAAGAAGAUUGUGCUGAGACUGGAGUGUAUUGAGCCCAACUGCAGAUCUAAGAGGAUGCUGGCUAUUAAGAGAUGCAAGCAUUUUGAAUUGGGAGGUGACAAGAAGAGAAAGGGCCAAGUGAUCCAGUUCUAAGCCAAUUUUUGUUACGAAGACAAUAAAAUCUUGACCUUUUACCCCCUUUGAUUGCAGUUGGUCUUUUGUGAGGGAAUAAAUGAAAA